AACACUCGGCCUCUCGAUGACGAAUUCACGAAUACAUCAAGUUGUCAUGAGAAACAACAGUUUCUGAUAGUAUUCAACGCCUCGAGGAGUUCUCCCGCGCUGUAGCUCGCGAUAUUGCCGACACUAUUAAGUUUAAAAACCGCGCGAGUCUCAUUUCUCGGUCGUUUUCACUUGGUGCACGUUGUGCCGCUGACCGGAGAUAACUUGUGUUUUCAGUCAGUGAAUGGAAAUUAUAGGAAUUGAAAUUCGACGAGACUGUUGAGUUAAUUAUAUAGUUAAUGCGUUAAACAAAUAACUUCCGGUGGAAGAGAGUGCAAAUGAUGAAUUUUCAGAUGAAGAUGGAGAAUAGGGGGUACGAGGAGGACUCUUUGAACCUCGAGGACCACCAGCACACGCCUCAAGAGCAGGAAGUGGAUGUCGAGCGAUCAGAGACACCAGACACUCACGUCUACGAGGAUAUAAUCGUUGGAAUGGAGAAGCAGGUACCAAGUGUAUUUGAUAAUCGUCUGGAGAUGAGCUGCACCACCGACGACUCACAGCGUACGUUUCAGAGGAAUUUGACAUUACCCCUACGUAGAAAUAGUGCAUUUAAUAAGGAGGAAAUAACGAGGUACUCGGUAAGAGUGACUAGUACAGAGAAAAAUCCAGUUUCAAGGGAGAAUAAGCAGAGUGAUGACAGUUUAAUGGAGAUAAGUGAAAAACCACGAAGAAGAAGAAAAAAAGAUUGCAAACAUUGCAAAAUGAAGGCGAGUGAGGAGGCCAGGACGCAGAGAUAUGUCGAGAGGAAUGCGACUGUUCUGGAGCCAAUAUUCACGAUUCCUGAUGGCAGACUUCCAGGUUUUGCAGUGGCGGGGCAAAACGGAUGCUGCGUGAACACCUGCACGGUCUUUGCGAUAGCCAAUGGACAGGUGGGUGGCAUAUGCGGUGGGGGAUUCUACGACAGAAAGCUUCUGAAUUAUGAUAAGGCCGAGGGUGAGCCCCGGCUGGUGACGCUGGAGGAGGACAGGGCACUCCUGACACCACCGAAGCAUCGAACGGGAAUGAAAGUCAAUUCGAUUUAUUCGCAGGACCAGUGGAGGGUUAAGGAUCCUGGGGGAUUCGUUGGGGAGUUCAAGGAACAGUCUUUCCAGAGAGCGUAUUCGCUGCCAACACGCACCCAGAGCCCCUCCUCCCAGAACAGGGUGAACCUCCGGAGAAGUGUGCGAGGUGAGCCCCCACCUCAACCCGCACGACUUCGAAAAAAUCGUCACGGAUGGACUCUCCACUUCGCUCGACCGCUGGACGGCACGGGCUGCACCAAAUCCAUUAUUCUACUUCUCAUCACUGUCCUGGCACUCCUGGGGAUCGGUGCAAUAGCCCUCUACAUCGUCUUCGAACCCGAGAAACUCCAAAUAAUUCAGCAAUAUCUUCGCUCGGGCGAAAACCCCACGACAAAUGUCACAUCACAUCCACUGAUGAUCGGUACAAACAGCCCCGAGGAGUCAACUCCACUCCCAAGCCUCGUUCAACUACCAUCGACGACAAAUAUCCCACUUCCUGAGUUCACUACCACGGUAACAGAGCCACAGGAAACGGAAACGCCAGUGCCACCGAGCGUGAUAACACCGAUGAAUAUUACACGCCACUGCGACGACUGUUACAAGGGCGAAGUGUGUGUUGCACUCGUCGACGAAGAUGUACCAGUGUGCAGAAUUGGCCUGGACUCAGCUGAUCCCACCGGCUGUGCUGGACUGUGUGUUGUCAAUAGGCAGAAGUGCCAUCGACUUGACAUCGAUGCUUUCAGGUGCGUCGAGGUGGAACACGACUGCUUGGAGGGCGAGUGGACGUGCUCGAACAGCCUGUGCAUCCCGACGGUGAAGCGGUGCGAUGGACACAUGAAUUGUUACGACCACUCGGACGAGUACAACUGCAAGUGUGACCCUCAGACGCACUUCCAGUGUGGCAACGAGACGUCGUGCCUCCCCCUCGAGAAACGUUGUGACGGAAAAAUCGACUGUUGGGAUGCCACUGACGAGAUUAACUGUACCCUCGGUGAUGACCUAGCCUGUCCAUCGAGCAACGAGUACACCUGCAGUAACGGUCAAUGCAUACUCAAGUCCAGGUUUUGUGAUGGAUUGAGGGAUUGUACCGAUGGAUCUGAUGAGCCCAGAGGUUGUCGGGGUCGUUGUAAUAAACAGGAAUUCACUUGUCGCAAUGGAAGAUGCAUAACUCGAAACUUGAAGUGUAACGGAAUCGACGACUGCGGCGAUGGAUCAGACGAGUUGCACUGCCGAGAUCGUGCGACUCCGUCCAGUAUCAGGCGGCAAAGAAGAUAAACUCAACUUAAUAAAAAAAAGUAUUAGCAGAAGAGAAAUACGAGAGACUGUACAGUGAAUCAUUGCAAAUAACUGUAAAAAUGAGCACGAUACAUCAAUUAUUUUGAAUUAAUAAUAAAUAGUUAAGGUUUGAGAGUAUUUAAAGAAACUUGAGGAUUUCGUACUUUUUCAAUGUUUCGAGAGAGGGUUUGUGAUAGUUAGAUAUUGAAUUAGAAAUUAUUAUUUUCAUCGAUUUCUUUACUUUCUGUGGACAGUUUUUAAAUUGACUCCUGGGAGGUGGCUCAGCACACCGAGAUGAAUUCGGUUUUAAUUAUGAGUGAGUGAAUUCUGUAAUAUUUUUCAAAUGUUUUUAUGGUCUUUAAUGUUCUGGGAGGGAUUAGGAGCGAGCGCUCCGUUUUAGAAAAAAAUUUGUCCUUAUGUUUUUUGCAUUUAAAAAAUUUGUACUGCUGAAGCUCAGCAAAAUUCAAAGAUAAUUCUAUGAGAAGUGGAAUAGGAAAAUUCGUAUGAGUUUGUGUAAAUUAUGCGCCGUUUUUUUUCGUAAUUUUCCUUUUGUACAAUUUUUAAUCACGAAAUAAAAGACGUUGAUAAAUAAAAA